AUGUCAAUUAUGCCUUCAGGUUUAAACCUUGCAAACAAUAGUCUCCAAGGUAAUCUUCCAAUACCUCCUGAUAUCAUCGAAGUUUUUGAUCUAUCUCACAAUCAAUUUAGUGGUUCUAUCCCAACCCAAAUGGGAGAAAGACUUCUAAAUUCAAAGUAUGUUUCCUUCUCAGCAAACCAACUCACAGGAGCGAUACCACCUAUGUUUUGCGAUGGAAACAAUGUUCUGAUGAACUUGGAUUUAUCACAAAACAAUUUUACUGGAACCAUUCCUUCUACUUUCGGAAAUUGCACUGCCCUGGUUGCUUUAAACCUUGGAGAAAACAACUUAACUGGGAAUGUUCCUUUAGAACUUGAAAAUGCCAAAAACCUCAAGGCCAUUCGCCUAAACAACAAUUGCCUGACAGGGGUCUUCCCAAAACCCAUCCAAAACCUUAAAGACUUAGAGUUUCUAAACUUGGGUUACAAUUUCUUUGAGGGAAGCAUCCCGUUGUUCAUUGGUCAUCUCUCAGGCCUGCGUGUUCUCGUGCUAAGAUCAAAUAGCUUUAAUGGAAGUAUUCCAACUGAGAUAACCCAAAUGCACCAACUCCAAUUUAUGGACCUCUCAAACAAUAACCUUGAAGGAACCAUUCCCUCUAAUCUCAGCAGUUUUGAGGCCUUAACCAAACAAACACCUGCAGUUAUCCUUGGAUACAUGAUCGAGCUCGAAGCUUUGAGCAUGAACCUGGAGCUUGUUAACAAGGGAAUGCAGCUUCAAUUGACAAAAGUAUAUUCAUACUAUACAGGAAUUGACCUAUCAAAUAACCACCUUGAUGGUGCAAUUCCUGAACAAAUUGGGCUGCUCCAAGAAUUAUUCAUGUUGAACCUUUCAAGAAACAAUUUGGUUGGACAAAUUCCACGAAGCAUUGGAAACUUGACCACUCUUGGUUCCUUGGACAUUAGCCACAACAAAUUAUCAGGAAACAUCCCUAUAAGCCUCACUACAUUGGAUUCUUUAGGGUGGGUAAGUGUUUCUUUUAACAAUCUUAGUGGGCAAGUGCCAUCUUCUCCACAUUUUGAGACACUCACAUUGGAUUCUUCAGUGUUUGAGGGGAAUCCACUCUUGUGUGGGGGAUCAACAGGGAAGAGUUGCAACACUUAUCAUGAGGAGGGGGUGAGGGGGCAGGAGACAGAAGGGAGGAGGACCACAUGGUUAUGGUAUGGUUGGCUGGUUUUGAGUUUUGCCAUUGGUUUUUGGGGAGUCUUUGUAGUUUUGGCAAUAAAAGAAACAUGGUGGGUUAAGUACUGGAACACAAUGGAGGACAUGGCAGUGGGGAUCAUGAAUUUCUUUAGUGGUUACAAGAGAGAGGUGAAAAUGCAAAGGCGCCACGAUCCCCUCCUCUGA